AUGGCAAAGUCCCAUGUGCUACUCUGCGCCACAGUGGUGGUUGUGCUUUGGCUGCUGCAGGCCCGCCUGCCGCCUGCUUUCGGAAAGCGCGUGCGCUUGCCGCGGCGUUCCAAGGACAACCCUCGUGCCCAGAAGCGCGGCGCCAGUCUGUUGAGCGAAGACGACUUGGAGAGGUCCAGGAGUUGGAGGCAACCUCCGCGGAAGUGGCUGCGUAUCCCCAAGUCAGGUGAAGGUUGCUGCGAUUUCCGCGUGAAGCGUGACUGGCGCUGGCGGCAGAUGAUCGAAGAACCGCUGGGCGUCUAUGAGCAUUGCAACGCCACCGGGCGGCCGCGCUUCCAUGCGGUCUUCGCUUCGGCGCCUGGCAAGGAGGAGUUCCUCGGGUGCUUCUUCACACCCAUGGACGCCGCAGCCGCCUGGGAUGCUCGCGCGCGGCGCGAGGGCUGGAGGGUGCUGAACUAUCCCAGCGGCGGGCAGGAGGAGGCUGAGACUUGGCUGCAAGACAAGUUCACUUAUUGGAGGUCCAAAGGCUUUCCCUAUCCUCCCACCGAUCGCGAGUGGAGAGAAGGGCAGUUGAAAGACUUGGAGAAGGUGGACAUCGACAGUCUGUGGAGGUCUAGAGAUUGCCUUGAGGUGGGGAACUUCCAAGGAAGUCCAGGAGACGAGCUUUGCUGGUCAUUUCACCCGCACAGUUUCUCCAUCUCCAAGACCGGUGCUCGGGACCGGACGGGUGUGGUGAAGCAGAAGCCCAGUGCACUGCAGACCUUCGAGAGCAACUCUGGACUUAUGAAGAGCCUCCGCACGUGCCUGGAGCGUGCGGGCGAUCCCUCCUGCCAGCCAGAGACCUUGCGGAUGGAGUGCAAAUUCCACGAUGACUCGAUGGUCUUCCAAGGCGGUGGCAGCUGGAUUGCCAACUUUCCACCUACCGUGGCUGCAGCGAUCUACCAACGCUUCGCCCCGCAGGGCAUCGUCUACGAUGCCUGUGCCGGGUGGGGCGGACGCUUGUUGGGCGCGUAUUUGGGUGGCGUCCGGAAGUACAUCGCCUGUGAGCCCAGCUCCAAAACCUUCGCCGGUCUCAAGGACUUCGCCGAGUUUCUGCCCAACAUGGAGGUGGAGCUCAACCAGUGCGGGGCGGAGGACUUUGAAGUGCCGGAGCAAGUAGACUUGGCCUUCACCUCGCCUCCCUACUUCAAUACCGAAGCCUACAGCAGUGAGAAGAGCCAGAGCCAUGUGAGGUUCCCGGACGUGGAGGCCUGGCGCCGCGGCUUCCUCCGGCCGUUGCUGGCGCGGAUGGUUGAGUCUCUACGGCCGGGAGGCCACCUACUGCUCUCAGUCACCACCCGGCGCACACACCGGCGUGCUGGCUUGGACUUGGAAACGGAUGUCCAAGAGAUCGUGAGUGAUCUGGGGCUUCUUCAGGAGCCUUCGUUGAACAUGCAAAGCGCCUCGCAAGCGCGGCCGAUCUAUGUUUGGAAAAAAGAUGAAAAAAAAAAAAAACAGCGUUGCAGGUAG